AGGCCUACAUAUUUCACAUACAGAUCUUUAAAUUAAAAUGAUGGCCAUGAAACUCUUGUGUCUUACCGCUUUUGUCUUGCUGAUGACUAUUGGACAAACUUCAGGAGACUGCCUUUCUGGAGUAACACAGUGCUACACUACAUUCGUGGAAAAUGUUGUAAGUCACGCCUCUAAUGAAAACGCCAUUUGCAAUGACAUGCAAACUGUAGUCGCUUGUAUAUUUCAACAAAACUGCGGCAUAACAAAAGAAAUGGAGACAGAAUUAAUCGAGCGGCUGAGUUCAGAGAUUAGUCAGUUAGGACUUAAGUGCUCAUUUACUGCAGCCGACCUCAUCAACAAGUACAAAAAUGGCGCCACAAGCAUCAGUACACUGCCAUCAGCUUUGAACCUGCUCGCCUUGGUCACGGUGUCGAUUUUGAUCAAGAUUUUUUGAAUGUCACACAUUUCUCUUUGUUAAAGUGUUUCUUUCACAAAAGCCUUUUUAUGUUUGUGAUAACUUUGAUUGUUUAUGUAUUGUAUGCUAAAACAUUUUUUCUUUUUUCAAAAUCAUACAAACAUUAUGUGUAUUUAACCUUGAUAAAUGUGAAUUUUAACUUCAAAAUAAAGAUAAAAAUACUUGCCAAAAAAUGUUAAUAAUGAAAUACUUUAAGAAAUAAAAUUAGCACCAGCAAUACUUAUAAACUUGACACGUCUUAUAAUUUGAAUGACCAUUAAAAAUACACAUUUAAAUCUCCAAAGAUUCAUUGACAUUUAUGGCUGUAUUUUAUAUUUUUAUUUGAAAUAAUGAAAAUAAAUCUACAGCCAUUAAAUGAGAAACAAUAUAAUUAACGUGCUAUAAGUUUGACUCGUAACAUUUAUGAAAAUGUUUUUAACUACAUCUGAUUUGUUUAUGUAAUAAAAUAAAAAUAAUUUUUAUUUGUA